GGUGAAUAAAUCUUAAUUUCUUUAAAAAAAAAAAAAAAAAAAACACUGACCCUAAACCUUUGAAUAGUGCACUCACUGUAUGUUGUAACACAAACAUUUACUUUUUGAAUAAACACUGUCCUUUUAAACGUUAUAUUUAUCAAAGAAUCCUGACAAAAGCAUCACAUGUCCCAAAGAUAAGUCUUAAGUGUUUACAAAAAAAUAAUUAUAAAUCAUCAUAUUACAAUGAUUUCUGAAGGAUCAUGUAACAUCGGAAGACUGGAGAAAUGAUGAUGAAAAUUAAUCUUUGCUUCGUAGGAAUAUUAUAUUUUAAAGUAUAUUAAAAUAGAAAACUUUUAUUUCAAAAAGCAUUCAUAUUUCACAAUAUUAUUUUGUGAAAUAAUGUUCGAUAUUUUUGAUCAAAUAGAGACAGCCUUGAUGAGCAUAAGAAACAUUUUUAAUAACCUUUACUGACUUUUAAAUGGCAGUGUAUUAUAUACUGUAAAAAUAAAAAAAAUAAAAUAAUACUAAUAACAGAAAAAUUCUCAGGUUACCUAAAAUGUACAUCAUUUAGUUACAUCAAUGGUCAAAAUAAUAUAUUUUACACAUUAAAGUUAAAAGUUAUACACUUUUUUUUGUGUGUGGGCUGUCCAGGUCUGGUAUAAAGAAUGUUUUUGCUCAAGAAAAAAAAAAAGAAAAAAAAAAAGAAAAUUUGAGGGAACUUUGCUGAUAUCCCAUGAUGCUUUUAUCAACCGAUACCUCUGCCUGCUACCCAAUUUUCAGUUUUAUCAUGUUUCUCUGAUUGUAUCCUAUCUGACAGAAUUUCCUCUUUUACAGAUGUAAAGUAUCUGGAUGAGCCAUAUAAUUGCUCUUUAUUUGUUCUGAAGAAACACGUUUAAGUGAUUUUGACAGACAAACACCAGUGAGAAACAUGUCCUGUCAAGGUACAACUACAAAUUAUUUUUGGAUUCACUAUAACUGCUUGUCACAAAAAUGCUACUCAUUCAUGUAAAAAUACUUGAGCCCUGAAAAUUUAUUAGUUCUGAUAAAAUGGCAAACAUCACUUGGCUUCAUUUAAGAUAUCUCACUGGAAUGUCAAUGACACUUCAUGCCAAAAUGUCAGUUUAGAUGUUUACAUUGAAUGAGACUGAAAUCAUGCAGUAAAUUUGUUUCAUUUUUCAAAUGACCUUUCAUUUCCAGACUACAUUAUAAUAAAUGUUUGUCUUUCCUGUUCAUAUGAUAUAUGUUUAAUUUCUCAGAUACAGAACAAAUCUUAAAGCACAUUGUAGGAAUCGUCAUAGCUAUCCUGCUGACCCAUGAAUGUGUUGUGGAAACAUUUGAUUUCCCAGAAACAAGUAAAGAUUUAGAGUUCAGCUACACAGAUGGGCAAUUGAAUCACAGAAGUCCAAGAAACAUUGAGCAAUUGGAGUUGAUUGUUGAAGUUAAUGCACCCGAAGCUGUGGUGAUUGAACAGAUCAGGGCGUUAUUGGCCUCUAGCAUGUUUCCUCUUCAAUUAGACAACAGUACUGAAAUUACUGCUGCAAACAUUACUACAGUGUGCCAGCCAAAUGUGACCAAAUACCAGUGUGUAUGUGAAGAUGGUUAUGCAUGGUCAUACAACAACUGCCAGACAUAUGAGGCCUGUGACAAUAUCAGUUUUGGCUCAUGUGGAUGUAUCAGUGGUAUUCCCAGUGAUGGAGAGAUGUGUGUGUUGGAGAGUGCCCUACCUUCAAACUAUGUGAUUGACAUUGAUGUGAGAUUCUUUGACUGGUUUCUAAUGAAUGACUUACGGAAACUCUUCACAAACAUCAGCCUGCCUUUGACUCUGAGCCACAACAUAAAUAUCACAGAUAUCAACGUAACUACCGUGUGUGUGUUAAAUGGAACAGAAUAUGAGUGCAAGUGUGAGGAGAAUCAUGUUUGGCCCAGUGACACCUGCAGGGCCUAUCAGGUGUGUGAUCGUAUUGUGGGAGGCACUUGUGGAUGUAUUCAAGCUCUCCCAUCAGAGGGUCAAUUUUGCCAGAGAGUGCUAGCAAUUUCACCAACAAUUACUGCUACAUCUACGACUGCUGCCGCCACUAUUACUUAUACUUCUAGUACUACUACUGUUGCUGUUUCUCCUCUUACUACUAUUGCUGCUACUACUCAUACUACUUUUACAACUACUACUACUACUGCUACUCCUUAUACAAUUACUGUUGCUGUUCCUCCUCUUACAUCUACUGAUGCUACUUCUCAUACUACUUCUACAAUUACUACUACUACUACUACUUCUAAUAUCACUAAGGUUGCUUUUCCUCUUACUUCUACUACCUCUACUACUUCUACUACAACUACUACUACUGCUGCUGCUACUACUUUUCCUACUAAUAUAACUGCUACAACUCCUACUACUGCCACCACUACUUCUACUACUACUUUUCCCCCUCUUACUACUACUCUUGCUGGUCCUUAUCCUCCUCCUCCUCCUACUGCUGCUACUACUCCUACUACUCCUAAUACUACUAUUGUUGCUGUUCCUCCUACUACUUCUACUUCUACUGCUGCUACUACCCCUACUCCUUCUACAACAACCACUACAGCUGCUACUAAUCAUCCUCUUUCCAUUACUACUACAACAACUGUUGCUGUUCCUCAUUUUACUACUAGUGUUACUACUCCUACUCCUUCUACAACAACUACUACUGCUUUUACUAGUCUUCCUCUUUCUAUUACAACAGCUGCUACUACUGCUCCUACUACUACUGUUAUUGUCCCUCCUCCUACUACUGCUGCUACUACUCCUACUCCUUCUACAACAACUACUACUACUUCUGCAACCCCUCCUCCACUUUCCACUACAACAACUACUACUACUCCUAAUACUGCUACUGUUACUGUUCCUCCUACAACUACUACUACUACUGCUACAGCUGCUGUUACUACUCCUUCACCUUCUACAACUACUACAGCUGCUACUACACCUCCUCUUUUCACCACAACUACUACUCCUAAUACUACUGUUGCUGUUCCUCCUACUACUACUACUGAUACUAGUCCUACUCCUUCUACUAAAACCACUAAUCCUAAUACUACUAAAGUUGCUGUUCAUCCUCCUACUGCUGCUACUCCUCAUCAUCCUCUUCCCCCUACUAGUACUCUUCCUAUUAAUACUACUAUUGCUGUUCCUCCUCCUACUACUACUGCCACUACUCCUAUUACAUCUACUACUACUGCUACUACUACUUAUCCUAUUCCCACUAAUACUACUGUUGCUGUUCCUCCUCUUACUACUACUACUACCACUGCCACCACAACUUCUACUGCUACUUAUCCUCCUACCACUACUGCUGCUUUUACUCCUACUACAACUGCUACUACUAUUACUGCAGCUAUUCCUCCUACUACUACUACUGCUGUUGCUGUUCCUCUGCCUCCUCCUACUACUGCUACUACUAAUCCUACUACUAUAAUUACUACUACUGCUGCUACUAAUUCUCCUCUUCCCAUUACAACUACUGUUACUUCUCCUACAACAACUGGUACUAUUACUGCAGCUUCUACUGCUCCGCCUCCUCCUACUACUGUUGCUGUUCCUCCUCCUCCUACUACUGCUGCUAGUUCUCCUACAACAACUGCAGCUUCUGAUAAUACUGCCACUAAAACUACUACUGCUACUACUCCUCCUCUUACUACUACUGCUGCUACUUCUCCUCCUCCUCCUACUUCUACUACUACUACUACUACUGUUGCUGUUCCUCCUCAAACUUCUGAUACUACUGCCACUAAAACUACUACUGAUCCUUAUCCUCCUACUACUACUACUGCUGCUACUUCUACUACAACUUCUAUUACUAAUGCAGCUUCUACUCCUACUACUGUUGCUGUUCCUCCUCAUUCUCCUACUACUGCUACUACUAUUAAUUCUACAACAACUGCUUCUAUUACUUCUCAUCCCCCCACUACUUCUGUUGUUGCUGUUCCUUCUACUACUAAUACUACUACCACCACAACUACUACUGCUACUUCUCCUCCUACUACAAAUACUGUUGCAGUUCAUCCUCCUACAACUACUGCUGCUACUUCUCCUACUACAACUGCCACUACUACUGCAGCAGCUCCUCCUCCCACUACUACUGUUGCAGUUCCUUCUCCUACUACUACUGCUGCUACUUCUCCUACUACUACUGCAGCUACUCCUCCCCCUACUACUACUGUUGCUGUUCCAACUCAAACUUCUGAUACUACUACUACUGAAACUGCUACUGCUACUUCUCAUCCUCCAACUACUACUGCUGCUACUACUCCUGCUACAACUGCUGUUACUAUUGCAGCUACCACUCCUACUACUGUUGCUGUUCCUCCUCAUUCUCCUACUACUGCUACUACUAUUCCUACUACAACUACUGCUUCUACUACUUCUCCUCUUCCCACUACUACUGUUGUUGAUUUUCCUCCUACUACUAAUACUUCUGCCACCACAACUUUUACUGCUACUUCUCCUUCUUCUACUACUACUGUUGCAGUUCCUCCUCCUCCUACUACUGCUACUACUUCUCCUACUACUACUGCAGCUACUUCUCUUCCUCCUACUAUCACUACUGUUGCUGUUCCUCCUCAAACUUCUGAUACUACUACUACUGAAACUGCAACUGCUACUCCUCCUCCUCCAACUACUACUGCUGCUACUACUCCUGCUACAACUGCUAUUACUACUGCAACUCCUACUCCUACUACUGUUGCUGUUCCUCCUCAUCCUCCUACUACUGCUACUACUAUUCCUACUACAACUACUGCUUCUACUACUUCUCCUCUUCCCACUACUACUGUUAUUGAUGUUCCUCCUACUAGUAAUACUAUUGCCACCACAACUUCUACUGCUACUUCUCCUCCUCCUACUACUACUUUUGCAGUUCCUCCUCCUACUACUACUGCUGCUACUUCUCCUACUACAACUGCCACUACUACUGCAGCAGCUACUCAUUCUCCUCCUACUACUACUGUUGCUGUUCCUCCUCAAACGUCUGAUACUACUACUACUAAUACUACUUCUCCUACUACAACUGAUAUUACUACUGCAGCUACUCCUCCUGCUACUACUAGUGUUGCUGUUCCUCCUCAUUCUUAUUCUCCUAAUACUGCUACUAUUAUUCCUACAACUACUGCGUCUACUACUUCUCCUCCUCUUACUACUACUUUUGCAUAUCGUCCUCCUACUACUACUGCUGCUACUUCUCCAACUACAACUGCCACUACUACUGCAGCAGCUACUCCUCCUCCUCCUACUACUAGUGUUGCAGUUCCUCCUACUACUACUACUACUGCUGCUACUUCUCCUACUACAACUGCCACUACUACUGCAGCAGCUACUCCUCCUCCUACUACUACUGUUGCUGUUCCUCCUCAAACUUCUGAUACUACUACUACUAAUACUACUUCUCCUACUACAACUGCUAUUACUACUGCAGCUACUCCUCCUGCUACUACUAGUGUUGCUGUUCCUCCUCAUUCUUAUUCUCCUAAUACUGCUACUAUUAUUCCUACUACAACUACUGAGUCUACUACUUCUCCUCUUCCUACUACUACUGUUGCAGUUCCUCCUCCUACAACUAGUGCUGCUACUUCUCCUACUACAACUGCCACUACUACUGCAGCAGCUACUCAUCCUCCUCCUACUACUACCGUUGCUGUUCCUCCUCAAACUUCUGUUACUACUACUACUAAUACUACUUCUCUUACUACUACUGUUAUUACUACUACUACUGCUGCUACUUCUCCUACUACAACUGCCACUACUACUGCAGCAGCUACUCCUACUCCUCCUACUACUAGUGUUGCAGUUCCUCCUCCUACUACUACUAAUGCUCCUACUUCUCCUACUACAACUGCCACUACUACUGCAGCAGCUACUCAUCCUCCUCCUACUACUACUGUUGCUGUUCCUCCUCAAACUUCUACUACUACUACUACUAAUACUACUUCUCUUACUACUACUGUUAUUACUACUACUACUGCUGCUACUUCUCCUACUACAACUGUCACUACUACUGCAGCAGCUACUCCUACUCCUCCUACUACUAGUGUUGCAGUUCCUCCUCCUACUACUACUAAUGCUGCUACUUCUCCUACUACAACUGCCACUACUACUACGGCAGCUACUCCUCCUCCUAAUACUACUGUUGUUGUUCCUCCUCAAACUUCUGAUACUACUACUACUAAUAAUACUUAUCCUACUACAACUGCUAUUACCACUGCAGCUACUCCUCCUGAUUCUCCUAAUACUGCUACUAUUAUUCCUACUGCAACUACUGCAUCUACUACUUCUCCUCCUCCUACUACUACUGUUGCAGUUCCUCCUCCUACUACUAGUGCUGCUACUUCUCCUACUACAACUGCCACUACUACUGCAGCAGCUACUCAUCCUCCUCCUACUACUACCAUUGCUGUUCCUCCUCAAACUUCUGUUACUACUACUACUAAUACUACUUCUCCUGCUACAACUGCUAUUACUACUGCAGCUACUCCUCCUGCUACUACUAGUGUUGCUGUUCCUCCUCAUUCUUAUUCUCCUAAUACUGCUACUAUUAUUCCUACUUCAACUACUUUGUCUACUACUUCUCCUCCUCCUAAUACUACUAUUGCUGUUCCUCCUCAAACUACUACUACUACUAAAACUACUACUGCUACUUCUACUCCUCAAACUACUACUACUACUACUACUACAGCUACUACUUCUCCUACUACUACUACCACUAUUGCUGUUCCUCCUCCUACUACUGUUACUACUACUACUAUAACUACUAUUGCUACUUCUCUUUCUCCUACUACUUCUGUUGCUGCUACUUCUGCUACAACUACUACCACUAUUGCUGUUACAUCUCCUACUACUACUGCUGAAACAACGUCAACUACUGCAACAAAAAAAGUUCGUAAAAUGUCAAUUAGAGUAAAUAAAGAUUUUGAUACCAGUCUCAACAGCCAAAAUGAAGUGAUGUACCAAACAUAUGCAAGCACUAUUAAAUCAGCAAUUGAAGACAGUUACAAAUCUCUGCCUGUCUACAUUAAAAAUUCUGUAAUCAUCACUAAAUUCAGGCCUGGUAGCAUUAUAGCAGACUAUCAAAUUAGUGUAACAACCAACAUCCUCAGUAGCACUAAUGGAAGCAACAGCAAUGAUUUUGCAUCAGCAAAUUUACAGGUUUCAAGAACUCUCCUGAAUGCAGGAAUCCCUGUAGCUCUGAAGGCUUUUUCUGAAAGUGAACAAACUAUCCUGUCCACCGCAGAAAAAUUUUAUCCUUUUCAAAAGAUGGAGCUGAGAUGUAAAUACCCAGAGUCUGUUAAUGGUACAAUGAGAUGGACAGUGAAUGACCAAGAUCCUACAGACACUGUUAGAUACUCAAUUUCACCUGACCAUAGUAUUCUCAUUGUGAACAAUGCAACAGAGAGAGAUGCUGGUAGAUAUUCAUGCAUAAUAGAAAGGGACACAAUACCUUACAUUCAGUGGCAAACUAUAGUUCUUGAAGAACGUCCUAAUAUUAUACUGGGUAAAAAUGAAUUAAAAUUUCAAUGUGUGGACAAGCUUGUACUGCUUACAUGCUGUGAAAAAAAAUAUGAUGUUGAGUGGAUCCCAAUUCCUUCUGGUGAUGAAGUGACACCUCAAGUGGAUGGAUGCAUCACACUGAGACACAAAAUUCUGAAAAGAAAUUGUGAGAAUGAAACCUUUACAUGCAGACUUAAGGACCCAGUACUAAAAGAUUUUGGUUAUGGUCUGAACAGAGUCACAGUUCAGAAAAUGAAAGAGGAAUUUAGCUGUAAAAAUGACACACUUGGAGAUGGAUAUGAAAAUCAAUUUGUGACAGGACCUUGUGAAAAAAACUGGGAUGGCAGUAUAACUUAUCAAUGUACAUCAGGUAACUGGAUGGAGUUUAGAAGGGACUGCAUACUUCAAGUUGUCAGCGACCUUCAAAGGAUUGUUGAGUUCUUGGAUGUGGAGCACAUGCCAACAUUUAUGGUUCAGCUCAGUGGUGUUACAGUGCAGAAUAAUCAGAUAAUAACACAGUCUCCUACGACUGUUCAAACAAUUGUUGAGAUACUUGUAAAAAUUGCAAGUAUCUUACAAAACAUUAUCAUCGAUAAGGCUGUGAUGGAGAAUUUCCUUAAAACAGUGGAUGUCCUUGUUUCAGAUAAAGCUGCUGCAUCAUGGCAAAGUUUGAUAAAAGAAAACACCAGCAUUUUACUUCUGAGCGCUAUUGAAAAUGUAACAGACCGUCUCUCAGAUGUUGAUUUUAUGUUUACUGACACAUUCAUUGAGCUGAAUAGAACUGUAAUAAAGAACUCAUAUCAUGGGAAGUCAAACCUGCCAAACUCAACCACUGAGAUUCUGAUACCACGAGUUCUAAAAACAACGUCCUUAACUGUUCUUGUCUUCACAAAGCUUGACAAAGUACUACCUAGCCGUAAUAGUAGGAAUCUAGUUUCCCACAUCAAUGGAAAUGUGGUUAUUGUUAAAGUUAAUGAAACGCUUAACAACAUUUCAUUUACAUUUGACAUUACUGAUCAGUCUUUGGUAAAUCCUCAGUGUGUCUUUUGGAACUUCAAUCUCAACGCAUGGGAUUCCACUGGAUGUGAAGCAAAGCCCUCAGGGAAUGAAACUGGCAAGAUUACAUGUGAAUGUAACCACACAACCACUUUUUCAAUCCUAAUGUUCAAUCCUAAUGAUCACAUAGCCUUAGACUAUAUAACCUACAUUGGAGUAUCUAUUUCGAUGGCCAGCUUGAUUUUGUGCCUCAUUAUUGAGAGUAUCAUAUUGAAGUCAAGCAAUGACACAAACAAUGACACAAGGAACACAUCCUACAUGCACCAUGUCUCUAUAGUCAACAUUGCCAUGUCCCUGCUGAUCGCGAACAUCUGUUUUAUCAUUGGAGCUGCAAUCACAGAACAAGAGCAACCAACCUCAGUGGGUCGCUGCAGUCCAGUGGUUUUCUUCAUGCAAUUUUUUUACCUGGCUCUUUUCUUCUGGAUGUUAUUUUCAGCACUGCUGUUGUUUUACCGUACAGUCAUGGUCUCGUCUCAAAUGUCAAAGGCCAAAAUGAUGGUCAUUGCAUUCAUAGUCAGUUAUGGUGCACCUUUGCUCAUAGCGGUCAUUACCGUUGCAUCAACAGCUGGACAAGAAAAUUAUAUUUCUAAAAGAAAUUCAUGCUGGCUGAACUGGUAUGAAUCGAAGGCCCUGCUGGCAUUUGUGAUUCCAGCUCUCACUAUUCUAGCCAUAAACUUUGUGGUUUUGAUUGUGGUUCUGUACAAGAUGUUGGGGAGAGGAGUUGAUGCCAGAAUUCAAUCAGAUGAGAAACAUACCUUGGUGGUCAUUGCCAUAUGUGUGGCCAUUUUGACUCCUUUCUUUGGUCUAACAUGGGGAUUUGGAAUUGGAACUAUGGUUUCACAAGACUUUGGCAUGCAUGUGGUGUUUGCACUCCUCAAUUCACUACAGGGAUUCUUUAUUUUGUUGUUUGGAACACUUCUAGACAGCAAGAUCCGUCAGGCUGUGGCAGGAAGAUUGUCACUACACAACCGUAUCAGCUCUAACCGUUAUAACCUUACCAGGAAUACUACUGAAAGAACAUUUUCAAGCAGAGUGGGAACAAGAAUGAGAAGGAGAAGGAGAAUAAAUGGGAACGAUUCUAGAGUCAGCAGGUCCUCAACUACAUCUUCAAGCAGCUCAAACAUUGACUCAAAUUUAAUGAAUGAUUAGGGUACAUCAUUAUAUAACAUAUUGUACUAAGAUUUUAAAGAAUGUUAACCAAAGUACUUUCUAAACUUCAACUAUGUCAGUUGCAUUGGAAAAAAAAAAAUACAGAUUUGAUAUUUCAUUAAGGAUACAUGUUAUAACAGUGGUGUGAUUUUAUGGGUCUAGAGAUUUGAUGUCCAGUUGGUAUAAUUAUUUUAUAGACUACACUUUUCUGUUCUGUCAAAUAAACAUAUUCACCUCUUCACUCAUAAUAAAAAUGCAAUUUGAAAUGAAUAAUUAAAUUACUUGCUUUCAUCCUGACUUGCUUGCUUUUUAUUCAUUUUUGUAGCUGCAAUA